AUGGGUGAAUCAAUCACUCAAAUUCCCAAUGGGAAUAACGCGUCUAAAGAGCCUCAAUCACAAAUAUCACAAAAAACUAUUAUACCACCUUAUAAACCUAAUAUUAUUACAUCUUUAGAUUGUAAAAUAUUACAGUAUGAAUAUGGAAUAUAUAAACUUAAAAAAUUUAUACAAUCAUUAAAAAGACUACAAACUUUAGAGAAUGAAUUACCUUUACUUCAUUAUAUUACUUUAUUAACUGGAAAUACAUUUGCAAUAAAUGAUAAAGCAUUUGAUUCAAAAUUUGAAAAAUUAUCACAUUUUCAUCCUGUAAAUGUUGGUGUAAUAAAUAUUUCAGUAACUGUUUCACAUAUACCUUAUGAUAUACCUGAUUUACCAAUUACUGCAUUAGAUGAAAUGCCUACAAUUGAACAAGCUCGUAAAUGUUUGAAACAAUUGGAAAAUUUAAGUAAUAUUUGUCUAAAUGGAUAUUUGAAAAGGUUAUCAUUAGCUAAAAUUGAUAAAUCCAAUAUUGUAAAAGAUUCAGUUUUAGAUUCAUAUUUUUCACAAUUAGGUAAUAUAAUAAGUCAUGAAAUUUUUCAUAAUGAUAUAGAUUUAGAAUUAAAUGAUUUAACUUUUUCUAUAUCUAAUGAAGAACAAAAUAAUCAAAAUUAUCAAGAAGCUUCAUUAAUUGAUAUGGAUAUAAAGGAAUUAUUUAUAAUAAUAAAUCAAAUUGAAAUCCUGUUAAGCAAACUCAAACCAUUAAUAAAUCAAUUAAAAAAACCAGAUGUAAAAGAUCCAUAUGCCAUUCAUAAAAUAUUUUUAAUAACUCAAAGAUUAAAUGAUAUAUAUACAAUAAUCAGAAGAUUUGGUAGAAAAAUUUAUUUAUCAAAUCAUCAACAUUUACUUGAUUCAAAAUUUUUAUUUCAUUCUCAUAAUUCUGCAUUUUUUAAAACAACAAUUUUAAGAUCAAUGGAUGAAUAUUAUAAUUCAAUGAAAAAAAAUGGUACUUUAAUUGCUAAUAUAACAAGAUUAAUCCGUCAAGAUUCAAAAUUUGAAAGUAAUAAUAAAAAUAUUUUAAAUCAUAUAAAUUUUGCAAGUCAAGGUUUAAAUGUUAUUGAAAAAUCUUUAACUAUAUUAAAAGAAUUUGGAUUAAAUUGGAUUAUUUCAGAAAGAAAGUUUAGAAGUAUUUAUCAUUUACCUAUGUCUAAUCUUGAUAAAAUAUAUCAUUCUAUACCUGAAUUUAAAGAAAAACAACAACAACCAUCACAGCAACAGCAACAGAAUAAAAAAACAAAUGGAUCUUUAAAUAGUCAGUUGAAAAAAUUGGAUGUAAAUGAGACAGUAAGAAGAUCUAGAUCAUCAUCAACAUCAAGUGUUAAUAGUAAUGGUAGUAAUUCAUCAUCAGUGCUUUCAAGAAAAAAUUCAUUAACUUCACCAAAUAAAACAGCAACAAGACCAAGACCAAAUUCAAUGUUAUUUAUGCAACAAAAUGCAGCAGCAAAUCAAGAUGAUAAAAAUGAAACAACUUUAAAAUCACCAAAUGGUAAAAUUAAUCAAUCAAUUACAUCACCUCAAACUCGUAAAAGAUCAAAUUCACAACCUAAAGAUAAUGGAUCAUUAGCAACUUCAGGUGCUGUUGCUGCAUUAACUAAAAAUGGUAACAAAUCAUCACCACAAAAGCAACAAGUUAAAGCAGAAUCAAUUGAUCAAAAUCUAGAUACUAAAUCAUCAAAUCCGGAAGAUGAGAAGAAGAAUCAACCAAGUAAAUUAACUAAAAAAUUAAUGGCUGUUGAAGAAGAAGAAAUAAUUGAAGCUAUACCGCCAAAUUCAAAAUUAUCAGCUUCUCAAAGAUUUCAGGAACAUGUUAAAAAUGCAGCUAAAACUGGUGAUUUAGUAACUCAACAAAAAGAAACAUUAACAACUGUAACAUAUGAUCCAAAUAAUCCAUCAAAAUUACAAAGAAGAAAAUAUGUUGAUGUACCUAAACAAAAUGAUAAUGAUACAAUUUCAGCAAAUACGCCUGUUCCACCAACAAAUCAAUCACAAUCUUCUACUUUAGGUAAUUAUGGACAACCAAUUAGAAAAACAAGAGAUUCGGUAACUAGACAAAACACUCAACGAAAUAGUCAUAUACCGGAUGAUGUUGCUAGUACUUCAACUACAUCUUCAUCAACACUAAGUGGAACUCCAGAACCAACAACACAAGAACAAAAUACAUCAAAUCAACAAACUAAUAUAAAUCAACCUAAGUCAAACACUAAAACAGCACCAAUAUCAACAAAUUUAUCUGAUUCAGAUACAACAUCAGUUGAAAUGACAACAACAACAACAACAAUUAUAAAAAAAGUAAGAUUUAUUGGAGUUCCAGAAUAUAAUGAAUCAGAAGAUGCACCAACAAAAUAUUCUCAUGCAAUUUUAAGAAAUUUUGCAGUAUUUAGAUCUCCAUCAAAAAUUGCAAAAAAUUAUUAUACAAAAAGUGAUCAAUUAUUAAAAGAAGAAAGUAUGUCAUUUAAAGCACAACAAGGAAAUGAUGAAUUAACUACUCCGGCAACUGCUAGUGCUAGUGCUACUCCGAAUCCUCUUGUUGUUACUGGAAUAAGUCCUGCUGAUUAUAUUCAACCUAAACCAAAAGGUAGAUUAUCUAAAUUUAGUUUUAAACUGCUGUGA